CCGGCCAGCAACAGGUAGGCGUUUACAUACCUUUGCGCAUGGGAUUCCCACGGGGAGACGCGGAAGUGGACGGCUCCUUAACCUGUUCGGCUACUCAAGCCGCUCAGUUCUUUUGGAGUUGGCCCUGCGUGUGAUUUGACCAGUGAUGGAGAGCACAGCGCUGGAGUGAACCCGGCGUCUCAGUGUCCGAUCGUUACGCCUGGAGCGGAGCGGAGCGAGUCUCUCACAGCUCACCAUGUUCUACAAAGAGCGCGAGGAUGAAUUGGAGCUGCAGGUGAGGAGCAAGGAGAGCAUGGAUAAUGGCAGAGAAGCCUUGCUACCAGCAACGAGCACCUCUAAUAAGCCUGUGGUCCGAUCAUAUGACUGCAUCCUGGUCGCACAUAUAGUUGAAGAUGAGGGCGAUGCGAAAUUCAAGAAGCAGGAGGCUUACAUCAACAUGCUGAAAUCAAAGAACCUAAAAGUGUCGCAUAUCAUCCAUGAAAACAAGGUGUUCUAUGGUGUCCGUGCCCCUGAGGAGAUCUUUGAGAAGUACAAGUAUCUGCUGAAGGUGUCUGAUUCUUGUAACUGGGUCUGCAAACAGAAAGACUGUGUCCCAGAUACCAUCAGAAUCAGGGUUGUCCAUUUCAUCUUGCACCACACAUUCAUUGGGACAGGAGAGGGCCUGAGGGAUCUUGCAAAGCAAGGUGUAUUUGAAACCUUGUUUUGUCUCCAUGAGAAGAGGCAGCAGAAAUAUCUGAAGAAAAAGUGGGCAAACUGGGGGGCUUUAAGACAUGUCAUUAACCAACCUGUCAACGAUAUCAGGGAGUAUUUUGGUGAGAAGGUGGCAUUAUAUUUUCUAUGGCUGGGCUGGUACACACGCCUGCUGAUCCCUGCAGCACUCAUCGGCGUGAUUGUGUUUCUUUAUGGCUUGGCGUUCUUCAAUACAAAUCCCCUCAUAAAGGAAGUCUGCGAGUCCAAUAUUACAAUGUGUCCAAGAUGUUCCAAACAUUGCCAGAUGUGGAAACUAUCUGACACUUGUGCUUACGCCAAGGUGAGCCAUCUGUUUGACAAUGAAGGAACUGUGGCCUUUGCAAUGUUCAUGGCUGUUUGGGCCACACUGUUCCUGGAGCUGUGGAAGAGGCAUCGAUCCUUGCACGUCUCAAAGUGGAACGUUUUUGACUGGAAUGAGGAUGAGGAGGAACUGAUCCUGGAGAUUAUAAAUGACCCACACUGUAAACCCAAAGACUUUAAUCACUCAUACUUGCACAGCAUUGUUGUUAUGCUUCUGGUCACACUGGUGCUGGUGGUGAUCAUAGGUCUGACCCAUGCUCUGGUCAUCUGCCGGAUUGUGUCUACAAUGCUUCUGUCAGAGUGCUCCUGGGAGUUCCUAAAAGAAAAUGCCCGUGUUUUAGCAAUUAUACUGGGGGCAGUGCUGCACUAUUUCACCAUACUAAUCAUGACUAAGGUGAACAGAUUUGUGGCCUUUAAGCUGUGUUCUAUCGAAAAGAUUCGCUCAUUUGCAGCCACUGAGAGAAGCUUCACAGUGAAGAUGUUCACCUUUCAGUUUUUCACUCUCUUCUCAUCUCUUAUCUAUGUGGCAUUCUUCCUGGGCAGGAUUAAUGGCUACCCAGGAAACUAUGUGAAAAUAGCAGGGAAAUGGAGACUGGAGGAGUGCCACCCCAGCGGCUGCCUUACUGACCUCUUCAUCCAAAUGGCCAUCAUUCUGGCCCUCAAACAAACCAUCAGCAACAUUUUUGAGUUCACUGGGCCUUGGCUUAAGCUUUGUCUGAAGCGAACAGCAUUUAAUAAGCAGCUCAGGAAGUGUGGGAACUGCUACCGGAAGGCAUGUCGAGAGGAUGGUGCUGACAUCGAACCAUGUGACAUCUGCAAUCUCCGUGAUUGGCUGAGAAACUACCAUCUCAAUACUGUUAAUGCCUUCAGCCUGUUUAAUGAAUUCCUGGAAAUGGUGAUACAGUUCAGUUUCACCACCAUCUUUGUGGCCGCAUUUCCCCUGGCUCCAUUACUGGCAUUGAUUAACAACAUAUUUGAGAUCCGACUAGAUGCCAUCAAGAUGCUGCGUCUGGAGCGACGUCUAGUGCCAAAAAAAACUAAUGAUAUUGGUGUGUGGACCAAAAUAUUAGAGGCAAUUGGGGUGAUGGCCAUCAUUGCUAACGGACUAGUGAUCGGCAUCUCUUCUGAAUUUGUCCCCCGUCUGGUUUACCGCUACCUUUACGGACCAUGUGCCAAUGGGUCAUCCACUGACCUGCAGUGCAUGGCUGGCUACAUUAACUACACCCUCACCACUGCAUAUAUGUCAGAUGAAAAAGUGCAGCAAGACUUCAUAGAUCAGAUGGCAUUAAAUGGCUUCAAUGUCACUCAGUGCAGUUACAAGGACUACCGCAGUGGAAAGGACCAUAGUUACACCUCGCAGUACUGGCUCAUACUGGCUGCCCGCUUUGCCUUUGUUAUCUUGUUUGAGCAUGUUGUGGUGAUAUGCAAGUUCAUUGUUGCCUGGUUUGUGCCUGAUAACCCCAUCCGAGUGAAGAACGUCAGGCUACACGAUAAACUGCGCAGGCUGAAAGAGGAGCUGUGGGAACUGAGUGCAAGAUUUGACAGCAGAUCCACAGAUGUCUAAUCAGUGAAGGACUAAUUUGACAGCUCUCAAACUCAAGUAUGGACUGUAUAUACACAGAGAUUGAGUGUGUCCAGACAAGUGAUGGGACGAUGAGAGAAGUGGAUUUAAUCUACAAAUUACAGCUUUACUGGACGUUGAAACCCUUUUGCCAUGUUUUGUCAUUUCUAUUUGUAUAUUGACUUGUUCUACAUUUUAACUUUUACAGUCUCAAGUGUGGUUUAAAAAAAAUUUCAGAUCCUUUUAAGACAUUUUAAAAUUAUUAUUAUUAUUGUUGUUGUUAUUAUUAUUAUUAUUAUUAUUAGUAUUAUUAGUAGUAUUAUUUUAAGGCCACUCACAGAGUAGGUGAUGGCCAUUUCAGUCAGCUUUGCAGUGAAGGUUGGCUUUUUCUUCUCAGUAAUGAACUUUAGGUGCAGUAAUUUGGAUUUUAGAGGGGAGCAGACGGGGCUACUGUGGCUGCUUCAUGUAUGCUUUGUGGCCUGCUAUGGCUUGCACAAUGAUUUGAUAUGUUUAUAGGAGAUAUUCACGUGUUUGUUUUCACUGCUCCUUGUGAAGCGAUGGUAUCUCAAGCUGAAGACUUCCAUUCUCUUUGAAUAAUCUUCCUUGUAUUUCGUUCCUGUAAGCAAGUGCAGGUAUUGCUUGCACAGUGGGAAGAUCACCUUUUCGUUCGAUGGACAGAUGCUAAGCUCAUCAACACUGCUGUGCAUAUUGCCUCCACAUGGUGGCAGUAAGGCAGCCUUAAAGACCAAGAAACCAGCAAUGGAUUUCUUUUCUUCAUGCUUUGUGUAAUGUUCCAUGCUAGUGCCUUACUGGAUCUCAGCUGUGUGUCUUGUAUUAUUGUGCACACAUGAAGGGACACUGAGCUUGUUUAAGUGGAAUUAAAUAAUGGUUGUACUGUAUGACUGUAUUACAAGAACUGCGAAAAUGUAAAAUCUUCCGUUCUGUUGCAUUGAUAUGGUUCCAUGCAGACCUGCAUAUGGCCUUGUUCUUACAAUGUUUGUGAUUUACAAUCCAAUUUAAGGCAGUCUUUAUAGCUAUUCAUUUUAAAUAGUUUGUAAGAUGACUUAAAUCAUUUUAAAAGUUUUACAGAGAAAUCAAUUAAUAUAUCAUACUUUGUGAUGAUAUAAUUUUCCUAUUAUGUAAUACUCUCAGCUACACAUGCAGUGUACUUUCUUUUUAUAUAUGCUUAUAAUACAGUGUGUAAAAGCAUUAUAUAAUGUGGAAAGGUAAAUCAGUAUGUAAAAGUUUGCUUGUUUCAUGGGAAUUUUAUCUUAAAGUCAACUUGAAAUCAAAAUAGACCCAUAGGAUCAAAAAGGGUUCUUUGAGCUAAAAAGCACUUUGGUUUCCCCCACAAGCCAUUCAGUAGAGCAGGUUUGGUAACACUACUGUAGGGCAACGUUCAUAAGGCUACACAACACUCAUAUAAGCCUUGCAUGACAAUAUAGCCAUUUAAUAAUGCUUUUUCCAACGAGUGUCAGUUGUCAUAAUACUUGCUGAGGUGAAAUUGUCCUUUUGCAGUUAUGAGCUUCUACCUGAUGUUUUUGGCAAAAUUGACCUAGUCAUAUAAUCUUAUUCUGUGACAAUGUCUUAAUAUUAUGAGAGGUGUGGUUUUUUUUGUUUUGUUUUUUUUUGUUUUUUUGGACUCUUUGUCCAGAAAACAAAAAAAUUCUAUCUCCAUUAUAAAACUCUAACUUAGUUCUACAAGGUUCUAUCUGCAAGCCAAUCAGCACUUUCAAUACACACAAGAGGACCAAUCAGUUUCUCCUGCUUUGUCAUGUCACUACACUGCUCAGUGACAGUGGGAAAAGUUUUUAAAACCUUAUGAAAUAUGAAAACAAGCUGCUGUAAUACUGCCUGCCUUCUUGUAGUUGUUUAAAUUUUUAUUUUAUGAAAUCAAUUUUAUAAAUAUUAAGUCUUGAAGAUAGUUAAAUAGUGUACAUUUGAAUUAAUGGGGUCCUCACUGCAACAUAAACAUUAAUUAUAUUCAUUCAUCCAUCUCUUCUUUUUCUUUUUUCUCCCAAAGUAAGACAUUCUGGUGCAUGAGAGUUACAUUUCUAACACAAAACAGUCUCAUACUGCCUCUUUACUGACCUGCUACACUAACUUGCUGAGACAGUUUAUUACAGUAGCUGGUCGCUGUUAACCUAAAGGAAAUUUACUCAAACUUAAUUUACUCAAACUUUAAAAAAAAAACACUCAUUAACAGAUUUGAUAAGAUUUUGAUACAUUUAGAAUAAAUGCAGGGUGUCUGUCAUUUUCAUUUUCACUCAGUUCUACGUAUCAGUUUUGCUAGAACAUUAUAAUCCCAAGGGGAUGAGAUGACAUUGAAAUCGACGAAAGCAGCCUUAAAAAUGUUAAUGUUGGUUUAUGUAAGUUGUUUUGAGAGACUUAUGCUGUUGUCAUGUAGCUUUACAAAUGCUGCAAUUCAGUAAAUGAGGUGUGUGUAUAUGAAGAACCUUUUGAAUGUUUAACAGACAUGUACAUCGUGGCUCUGGAAAGAACCCUUAAAUUCUUCUAAAAAAAAAAAGUGCUUUAAGCCUUUAAAAGGUUCUUCACACUCACACAUUCUAUUUAACCAGCAUGGUUCUUUAGGGAACCAAAAGUGGGUAUUCUAUGGCAAUGCUCAAAGAACACUUGUAUUUUUUAGAGUGUAGUCCCUGGGCAUACAAAGCACAAUUCAUCCUAUCAUGUCAUUUAAAAGACAAAACUCGAAGCAUAAUGACUUUUGCCUACAUGUAAGCCUCUCUGAUUAUUGAUCGUCAUAAAAAUAACAUAAACCAAUAAUACCAUGUUUCACCCCCCUACUCCAACUUAUCAUCAAGUAAAACACUCAGCCAGAUCAGAGACACUCCCUGAUACCUCCGGAAUAUGUCAUGGCACAGAUGGAAAAUGUGUUAUAAUUUCCGAUUCAAGUUGACUUUAAAACCUCAGCCCAGGAAAUACUUAUUGUACUGUGAUGCUGAUUGUAUUGUGCAAGUCAGACACUUACAUUGGUUGUGUUUCAAUGCAACUCUGUUGUUUGUAAAGCUUUGUACCAGUUGGAAAAUAUUUAUAAAAUAUUUUUGAUAUUAUCAUCUUGCUCUGUACAUGCAGAUGCAGUACUGUGUAUCCACAUUGAAGGGUUUACAUCAAAGGAUUUGCACAAUAAAGCUAUCAACCCCUUUA